UCUCCACUGUCCUCAUACUCUGAUGUUGGAACAAACGUCCCCAAUCCGUCAGGGAAAACACCAAUAACACACUCCAAAGGCAAAAGUUAAUAUAAAUACGUGUUGAAGUGGUUGUGCCAUACCUGUUCCUUCUGGGUGGGCUGCAGGUUGCCUUUUGAAAUUUAGACCUCAGGUGAUCCAAAGGCACAAUGGCACGAAACCUCAUCUUGGCAGGGCUGGGUCUCCUUCUCUUUCUCCAGAUAGCCACUUCCACCAAGCUGGUGUGCUACUUCUCCAACUGGUCCCAGUACAGGCCUAGAGAUGGGCAAUUCACCGCUGCGAAAGUGGACCCCUUCCUUUGCACUCAUGUGAUAUUCACUCUCGCCACUAUCGAAAACAACCGGCUCGUCACCACUGAGUGGAACGAUGUUGAGCAGUACGCGUCUUUAAACAGCCUGAAGGCCAGAAAUCCUCAGAUGAAAACUCUCCUGUCCGUUGGGGGCAAGUUUCUUCAGUAUAGUCCGUUCAUCAGCAUGGUAGCCACACCAGAGAACCGACAGGUGUUCAUCCAGUCGUCCAUUGAGUUCCUGCGCCGGCAUGGCUUUGAUGGUCUGGACCUGGCGUGGGACUACCCGGGACAAAAUGGCAGCCCCCCUCAGGACAAGCAGAGAUUCACAGCUCUGGUCACGGAGCUCAUACAAGCUUUCGAGGAAGACGCCAGGAAUACCAGGAGGACCAGACUCCUGCUCUCAGCAAAGGUGGCAGCCAUUAGAGCUACGAUAGACUUUGGCUAUGAGAUCCCCCAGCUGUCAAGCCAGCUGGACUUCAUCAGCGUCAUGACCUACGACUUCCACGGACACUGGGAGAUGCAGACAGGACACAACAGCCCCCUCUACCAGAGCUCCCUGGAUCUGGGAUAUGUAGCACACUACAACAUUGACUCUGCUCUGACCUACUGGAUGGAUAACGGGGCCCCUGCAGAGAAGCUUCUCGUGGGUUUCCCCACCUACGGGCGCACGUUUGGACUCACGUCCUCCAUGAGCGGUCUGGGUGCCCCGUCACUGGGGGGGGCCACUGCUGGGCUCUACACCCAGGAAACCGGAUACUGGUCUUACUACGAGAUCUGCUCCUUCAUCACAAGUGGCACUGUUAGCUGGAUUGAGGAGCAGAGGGUUCCAUAUGCUACUCGUGGUAAUGCAUGGGUGGGCUAUGACAACAAGGAGAGCUUUACAAACAAGGUUCAAUGGCUACAGGGUAAACAUUUGGGGGGUGCCUUUGUGUGGACACUGGACCUGGAUGACUUUGGGGGCCAGUUCUGCGCUGAUGGGAAAUAUCCCCUUGUUAACCACCUCCGCAGCUCCCUUGCUUUCCCACCCCCUCCCACCAACACUACUGCUCCCCCAAUCACUCCCGCUCCCCCCAACCCCCCCAACACCCCCGCUCCCCCCAACACUCCCGCUCCCCCCGCCACCCCUGGAGAUCCCAACGACAAUUUCUGCACUGGUCGGCCAGAUGGACUGUACCCCAACCCCAACGACAUCACCGCUUACUUCCAGUGUUCCAAUGGAAACACCCAUAUCCAGAGGUGCAACCAUGGCCUGGUCUAUGUUGAUGCCUGUAAGUGCUGCAACUGGCCCUAG